AUGCUAGUACCGUGGGAGGAUGCCGAAUCGAUUCCUGCUGCCUUUGAACUUCUCAAGGAGGAGUACAACCAGAACCUGGCUGCCGAUCCCGAGUUCGAGAUGAACCCCACUGUUACACUGCAUCUCUCCGAGAACGUAUCUACUCCGGCAACGUCGUCGACUGAGCCAAGCAACAGCGGUUUUAUAUCAUGGGAUGGUGGAGCGGUUCCGCACUCGGCCAAUCAGCAGUCGAUUGCUGAGGCUAACACGGAGUUGCUACCUUGCUACGAUCUGGAAGCGAAGGUGGAGGAUCGUAUACGCCGGCACAAUAGUCUCAUGAAGUCGCUCACCCGUUUUGCCGGGUAUUCGGAUGUUAUUGAGACUCACUUAUUUCGAGCAGCCUCUGCUAGGAAGGCUCUUGAUCGCGCUACCCAAGAACCGGACGUCACGAGGCGUGCCGAAGCUAUCGCCAAAGUCUUCGACCUUCUCACUCGAUGUGGCGAGGGUUUAGCUGAGGUUCAGAAUGAGCUCACCGCGUUUGAGCGAGAGUGGACAUCACUGGACGCAGACGAAGAGGGUGCACCCAAGGUGAUGCGUGGGAGAGCGAAGUACAUUUCGGACGUUGUCCGCACGAAAGCUGACAAGUGCCGCUCUAUCGUUGCGGAAAUCAACGCUGAAGGACUUCGAGCACUCGACGAUAUUCAGAGUUGCAUAGCAGAGUCGAACUCUGUGUCAUCAGCUUGA